AUGCCAAAAUGCGGAUUGCAUACGAAAUAUUUGCCUGCGACGUUUGCAUGGAUACUGCUACUGGGGACAACUGGGGCUUUUUUUUAUUAUCCAUGUCGAUUUUUUGCUCAAUUUUAUCCAUGGGUACCAGUCGUUCAUGGCAUAGUGACGUUUUUUGUUAUAGCAAACUUCACGCUGGCUACGUUCAUGGAUCCAGGUGUAAUACCUAAAGCACCAGAAGAUGAAGACACCGGCGAUGACUUCCAGUCGCCUUUGUAUAAAUCUACUGAAGUGAACACAAUACAAGUGAGAAUGAAAUGGUGUUCCACAUGUAGAUUUUACAGGCCACCAAGAUGUUCUCACUGUAGUGUUUGCAACUGUUGUAUAGAAACUUUCGAUCAUCAUUGCCCAUGGGUAAACAAUUGUAUUGGUCGCCGCAACUAUCGCUAUUUCUUCUUUUUUCUUAUAUCACUAAGUAUACACAUGGCGUCUAUAUUUGGUGUUUGUUGUUGGUAUAUUUUAUACCAUAAAGAUAAAAUCGGAGACAUUGAUACUUUAGUAUCAUUAACAUUGUGUGGCUUAGUUAUUAUUUUGUUUAUACCAAUAUUUGGUUUGACUGGAUUUCAUGCUGUAUUAGUAGCUCGUGGUCGAACAACUAAUGAACAAGUAACCGGGAAGUUCAAAGGUGGUUACAAUCCAUUUUCACACGGCUGUCGUCUAAACUGUAUAAUUAUUCUAUUUGGACCUCAGUUUCCUAGUUUGUUGAAAGUGAAAACUUCCAAGUAUCAAAAACAUAAAAAACAAAUUCAGAACAGUUUUAAUGUACCUCCGCCAUUAUUAACAAAAGAAGAUAAUUGUGGGCCACCUGUUGCUAAAACUUAUUUGGAUAAUAGCAAUGGCUUACAUCAUUCUUCAAAUAAUUAUAAUAAAAUGUCGCCAGGAAGAGAUUGUCUAGAGCUAGAUAUUGAAUUAACUGCUUCGCAGUCACAAGACUGUGAACCAACACCUCCAUUACAGCGACAAGGCUCAAAAAACAAUUUCUACUUACCCUCAUAUGAUACAACUGACAGUGCUAGGAUGUCUUAUGUGACACGGACAGCUCCUCACCCAUCUCGACCUAGAAUGAAUGAAAUGGGCAACAGUUUGUCAAGGGAAACCAUGAUGGAUCCAAAUCGUCAAUCCAACAUCAUUAUGCAAAGUCCAACAAUGCAGCAGAGAAUGAAAGCUAUCGGGGUACCCACAGCUUUGACACUGUCUAGUCCAUUAAGGCGAUCUAACCCUGGAACUCCAACUCAAGUGAAACGACCAGACUUUAUAGGAGUUAAUUCUUCUGCUAAACAUUAUGAAUACCAAGAACGUAGUCCACAACGGCGUUUUUUGUCUGAAGGUGACAUUUUACGUGAGCAUGAGCGUCCACCUUCUUAUCCACGUAUAAAUAAUACUGUUGACAAUAUUCAAGAACUAGCAGGAUCACCGCAAAGAGGUGUUUAUACAUGGAAAGAUACUCCUGGGACGACUGGUUCUUAUUAUGUCCCCCGACAAGCCCCUACAUUCAACUAUUGUGCAGCACAUAAUGAUUAUAGAUCUAAUCCAACUAGUCCAACUACAAAGACAUAUUACCCAGUUCGAGGAGGGGUUCCUGUUUAUCCACCUCAACCAUCACCUGUAGGCAAGAAAAAACCUCCCCCUGUACAGACUAGGAGACCCAUGUCUUUUGCCAGGGCAUUAGAUCAUGAUGCAAUGGAGAUGUCAAUUAAUAGAGGAAACAGUACCGACAACGGAAGUCCUGAUCGUAAAAGUGCUUAUGACAAAAACUAUGAAAUAUCUGUUUAAAUGUGUUGUUGAUAGCUUUCUAUUUAACUUUCCAGAAUUUUUUUUAUGUUAUGUUAAAUUAUUGUCACGUGCAUUCUCUAAAUAGAUUGAAAUUAACUGUUGUAAAUAUAA